AUUCGCCUCAUCAUUUAUUUCAUUAUUUCAAUAAAAAAUAUUAUAAAAACCCGUGUUCGUGUCAAUUUUUCGGUUUCGCGUAAUUGUUUAAUUUCUUUGUUUUUACUAAUAACAUAAUCAGUGUUUAUAUUUUUCAAUGUUCUGUUUAUAGUUGCAUUCGUCUUAUAAUGUAAAUGCUAAAUCAAAGAUGCGUAUAAAGUAGAAAUGCAUUAGACGAACAAAAUAUACCAAAUACACGCAAGGUGAAUUGGAGAUGAUGUUUGCCGUUGUGCUGUAAGAAAUAUAUAACAGCGGUGCAAUACAUUCGUGUGAACUUGUGGAAUCCAACUAAUCCCAAAUAUUGUAUACGAUAUUGGUAGUUGUACAAAAGGCUAGGCAAAUUGGCUACUGGUAAUUUGUACUGCUUUGAGAAUUUGGGGUGCAAGUGCAAUGUUUACUGAAGCUCUGCAGUAUUCCUGCGAUCAAUAUACUGCAGAAACGAUUAAUAGAAACCAUGGAACGUCGUGUUAAGCUCAAGACUAUAAAUCCGCACAUAACGUGCAAGAUCUGCGGAGGUUACUUUAUAGAUGCCACAACUGUCACCGAGUGUCUACAUACAUUUUGUAAAAGUUGCUUGGUAAAACAUUUGGAAGAAAAGAAAACCUGCCCCACUUGCGACAUGGUCAUCCAUCAAUCGCAUCCACUGCAGUACAUCAGCUUUGAUCGUACCAUGCAGGAUAUCGUUUAUAAGCUGGUGCCCAAUCUACAAGAAGAUGAAAUGCGUCGAGAACGUGAUUUUUAUAAGAGCCGAAACAUUCCCUGCCCCAAAGAUAUGCCGCAAAAUCAUGAUGACGAUGAGAAAAUGCUUGAAGCGCAUGCAGAAUCUGAUUUCCAUCGUCUGGACGAGCAGGUGAACGUAAGCCUCGAAUGUAUGAGCAAUAAUUUUAAAAAUUUGCAGCGACGUUUUAUACGCUGCAGCUCACAGGCCACUAUAACGCAUUUGAAAAAAUUAGUUGCCAAGAAAAUUUUAAAUGGCAUUGAUAAAUAUCGAGAGAUCGACAUACUGUGCAAUGAAGAAUUAUUGGGCAAAGAUCAUACGCUAAAGUUUGUGUAUGUGACGCGCUGGCGUUUUAGAGAUCCACCGCUGCGCUUACAGUUUCGACCGCGAGUCGAUCUGGUGUGAAGGCUUUUACAAGAAACGUGAAACAGAAAAUUUGUACGAAAUACAAUGUUAAGUGAAAUCAAAAGUGAAUACCAACGCAACAGUUUAAUAUUUUAUUUAACGAUAACAAAAAACAAUAUACAUAUAUAUAUA